CCUCCUAGCACUAGUCCGACAACUUUCAACGCGUUAAUGCGAGGCGCUUAUUCAAAUGGGAUCUGAGGAUAAAAUAAUAAGCUGGCUCUGCCGGUUAACGGUCAUUACGGCUUUCUUCUUGAUUGGCUUUAUCAUCGGUUGGUUCGCUCGACCUACUACUGUCAAUCAUGGACGUGCAUCCAAAAGCUUCCUGCACGAACUUCUGGAUGAGAUGCGGGCAGAGAAUAUUAAACAACAUCUCAGGAAGUUCACGAGGCUGCCCCAUCUGGCCGGAUCGCAGCAGAAUCUGGAUCUGGCCGAGCAGAUCCGGGCCGAGUGGAUGGAGUUUGGGCUGGACUCGGUGGAGCUGGAGCCGUACGACGUGCUGCUGUCAUACCCAAAUAAAACCGAUCCCAAUUACAUCUCCAUAGUGGACCGCCUGGGCAACGAGAUCUUUAACACCUCUCUGGCUGAGCCGGUCCCCGAGGGUUAUGAAGAUGUUACCGAUAUCGUCCCUUAUAGUGCUUUCUCUGCAAAAGGACAACCGGAGGAUGAGCUGGUUUAUGUUAAUUACGGCCGGACGGAGGAUUUCUUCAAGCUGGAGAGAGAGCUGGGAAUAAACUGUUCGGGAAAAAUCGUCAUCGCUAGAUACGGCAAAAUCUUCCGUGGGAACAAGGUGAAGAACGCGAUGUUAGCCGGAGCUAAAGGGAUCGUGCUGUUCUCGGACCCUGCGGAUUACUGGGCUGACGGAGUGAAGCCGUAUCCCGACGGCUGGAACCUGCCCGGAGGAGGCGCUCAGAGAGGAAACGUGCUGAAUCUGAACGGGGCCGGAGACCCGCUCACACCCGGAUACCCGGCCAAAGAGUACACCUACAGAUCGAGUCUGGAGGAUGCAGUGGGGCUUCCCAAGAUUCCAGUGCAUCCCAUCGGAUAUCAAGAUGCAAUUCACCUGCUGGAGCAUAUGGGAGGUCCUCUUCCUCCGGAUAACUGGAAAGGUGCUCUGAACAUCUCGUACAGAAUCGGACCGGGAUUCAUGGAUGGUUUUAAUCAGAAUAAAGUGCGUAUGAACAUCCACACCAAUAAUCAGGUGACCCGCAUCUACAACGUGAUUGGCUGGAUCAGGGGAGCGGUGGAGCCAGACAGGUACGUGAUUCUGGGCGGCCAUCGUGACGCAUGGGUGUUUGGAGGGAUCGACCCCGUGUCAGGAGCUGCUGUGGUGCACGAGAACGUGAGAGCCGCUGGGAAGCUCAUGAAGAAAGGUUGGAGGCCGAGGAGGACGCUGAUCUUUGCCAGUUGGGACGCGGAAGAGUUUGGUCUGCAGGGAUCCACAGAAUGGGCAGAGGAUCACGCCAGAGUCCUGCAGGAGCGAGCUGUGGCUUACAUCAAUGCAGACUCUGCUAUUGAGGGUAUGUACACACUGAGAGUCGACUGCACUCCUUCCCUACACACUCUGGUUUAUGACAUCACCAAGAAGGUUUCGAGUCCGGAGGAGGGAGAAGAGGGCAUGACUUUAUAUCAGAGCUGGCACAAACGAGACAACUCCACAGAUAGAGAUGCACCAUGGAUCAGCAAACUGGGCUCUGGCAGUGAUUUUGAAGCAUAUUUCAUCAGAUUGGGCAUUGCAUCCGGAAGAGCGAGAUAUACCAAAAACCGAAAAACCGAGCGCUACAGCAGUUACCCCGUGUAUCACAGCGUGUAUGAGACCUAUGAGAUCGUGGAGCGAUUCUACGACCCCAGUUUCCGCCGGCUGGAGGCCGUGGGCCGCGUCCGGGCAGGACUCAUCUUCAGUUUGGCUGAUUCUACAGUCUUACCUCUGGACUGUGUGGAAUACGCCACGUCUCUCACCAAAUACGCCGACAGCAUUUCCCAGCUGGCACUGAAGCAUCCCGCUGCCAUGCAGCAGUACAGCGUCUCAUUCGAUUCUCUCUUCUCUGCAGCCCAGAACUUCACGGUCGCGGCACGAGACUUCCAUCAGCGCCUCGAUCAGCUCGACACAUCCGACGCUCUGGCCGUGCGGAUGGUGAAUGAUCAGCUGAUGUAUUUAGAGAGAGCUUUCACUGAUCCUCUGGGUUUGCCUGGGAGACCAUUUUACAGGCAUAUCAUAUUUGCGCCCAGCAGUCACAAUAAAUAUGCGGGUGAGUCCUUCCCAGGGAUUUAUGAUGCUUUGUUUGACAUCGAGAACGCGGUGGACCCGCAGAAGUCCUGGGAUGAGGUCAAACGCCAAAUCAGCAUCGCCGCCUUCACCGUCAACGCGGCUGCGGAGACGCUAAAGCCUGUCGUCAGCUAGGCCCCUGGCUUUCAAAACACGCCGCGGAUACGGGACUACAACGUCAGCGGAUGGGUUUCAUCUACGCGGGACUUCGCGUGCAGACCGCCGAAUAUUAGAGGAAUAGUUGCCCUGAAAAUGAAAAACUGCUGAAAUGAAAAUGUAGCAUUACACGAAUGGGUGCCGUCAGAAUGAGUCCAAACAGCUGAUAAAAACAUCACCGCACUCCAGUCUAUCAGGUUACACCCGGAGAAGUGUGUUUGUGAACAAAUCUGUCAAGACGUUUUUAACUGUUGCUUUUGGCCGAAAUAUGAGCCUGUAAUCCAUAAUAACGCUUCUUCCAGUAAAAAAGUCCAGUCUUUUGUCUCUUACGUCAAAAUCCACCUUUCCUUGUUUAGAAGUAUGUUAUACUAUAUUAAUAGACUAAACUGUUUUGGCUUAAUCUAUGCAAACGAAAUGGCUUUUUCACUGGAGGAAAUAUUUUUAUGGAUUACGGUGUAGUAUUUUUGCCAGAAGCAAUGGUUUGACGUUAAAACAUCUUAAUGAUGGAUUAGUUUUUUUUUUUUUUUUUACAAAAACAUACAUUUGGCUUUUUACAACAUGCACUGAUGGACUGGUGUGGAUUAUUGGGAUGUUUUAAUCAGCUCCAAUUCUGACGGCACCCAUUCACUGCAGAGGAAGUGAUGUAACGCCACAUUUUUGCAUUUUUGACUCAACUAUUCCUUUAAGCAGAUGUCUUUUAUCCAAAGAGAUUUGCAGUGGACAGAUUGCAGGCAUGCCAUUAAUUGCUGCAAUUUAGUGCACAAUCUAUAAACGACCGCAGUGUUUCAACCAUAAGCAACAUUUUACACGUACUACAGUGUUAUAUUUAAUUAAAACAAUUCUGUGAUGGCAUGAAAAUAGUUCCAAAAAUGUGACCAUUUGACCUCGGACUGAAAAACGGUGGAAAUCUUGCACAAAUUGCUGCAUUCGAGUGAAUUGUAUGCGAAACCAUUUUUGCACGCAUUGUCAUAAUAGAAACAUUUGUACGACAUUAAAUAAACCGGGUGUGCAAAUCA